AUGCAAUUUCUUCUCAUUAUUGCUGCCUACAUCUUAGUCCAAGCCAGUGCGGGAUCCGUUUUUUCUAGUAGUUGUCCUUUAGAUGCUAAUGUUUCAUGCUCCUCUUCAGAUCGAGAGCCCUCGUGCUGUUUCGAGUCACCAGGCGGUGUCCUCGUGCAAACACAAUUUUGGAAUUACUCACCAUCAGAUGGUCCUCCAAACUUGUUCACCUUGCAUGGGUUGUGGUCGGAUUUAUGCGAUGGAUCACACAAAGAGUAUUGUGGCUACUCCAGUAUGAUUCCCAACGAUGCAAAUUAUAUUAGGAAUAUCUUAGUCCUUCAAUUUCACAAUGAAACGUUCUACAACAACUUAAAAAAUGUAUGGAGAAAUGUACGUGGAACUGACCAAUCAUUAUGGGCCCACGAAUGGAACAAGCACGGAACCUGUAUCAAUACAAUUGCAGCAAACUGCUAUCCAGAAUUUGAAGAUAACAAAAAUUUUUAUGACUAUCUAACCAUCUCGUACAAUUUGUAUAUGAGAUUGCCCACAUAUAAAUGGCUUGCUGCUGCUGAUAUAACGCCAUCAAAAUUCAUACGUUACACUAAAGCACAAAUUCAAGAUGCACUUAGCUCAAACUUCGGUCAACAAGUUUACUUUAGAUGCGACUCAAAUAAUGCAAUAAGCGAAGUGUGGUAUUUCCACCAUAUUCAAGGUUCAUUGUUGCAAAAUAAAUUCAUUCCAAUUGAUACGUUGUCAAGCUCAAACUGUCCAAGCGAGAACAUUAUGUUUCUUCCAAAAACUGUGAGAAGGAUGUAUGGAAGGUAUAGGUGA